CUGCCUGCGCCCGCCCGCCCGCUCGGCGCUGCCGGGGCCGCUGCGGAGCCUCCGCCGAGGGAGCCGGGGGAGUCACCGCCGCCGCCACCGCCACCGCCUGGGUGAGCUCGGGGUGCCCCGGGCGCUCGGCGGAAAGCCGAGGCCAGGCAUGGGCCUAAUCUUCGCCAAGCUGUGGAGCCUCUUCGGUAGCCAAGAGCACAAAGUAAUCAUAGUGGGACUUGACAAUGCUGGCAAGACUACUAUUCUUUACCAGUUCUUAAUGAAUGAAGUGGUUCAUACUUCUCCAACCAUAGGAAGCAAUGUAGAAGAAAUAGUGGUGAAAAACACUCAUUUCUUAAUGUGGGAUAUUGGAGGACAAGAAUCAUUACGGUCAUCGUGGAAUACCUAUUAUUCAAACACAGAGUUCAUCAUUCUGGUUGUUGACAGCAUUGACAGAGAGCGACUUUCUAUUACAAAAGAAGAACUUUAUAGAAUGCUGGCUCAUGAGGAUUUACGGAAGGCUGCGGUUCUGAUCUUCGCGAACAAGCAGGACAUGAAAGGCUGCAUGACGGCUGCCGAGAUAUCUGCCUACCUCACCCUCAGCUCCAUAAAGGAUCACCCGUGGCACAUUCAGUCCUGCUGUGCUUUGACAGGAGAGGGAUUAUGCCAAGGCUUGGAGUGGAUGACCUCCCGUAUUGGAGUGGCAAAGAGAUUCAGUAUACCCAAAGCAGGGAUUCUUUCCAGCUCUUUAAAUACACUGCACUCAGUAAGGUGAAGAGGACUCGGGCACAGCUGCUCAAAAUAUUUGUCAUCAAAAUAAAAUUGAGUUGUUCUGUGAAGUUGGAUGGGGUUUUUGUUUGUGAGUACUCUGGUGAGGAGGUAUUGCAGC